GCGUGCAGACAGGUGGCAACAGCACAGGAAGCCAGCCAGCAUCUGCCCCAGCUCGAGGCCUCGCUAUCCUCGCGGGAACAUCACCAUGUCUGAGGCACCCCGGGCCGAGACCUUUGUCUUCCUGGACCUGGAAGCCACUGGGCUGCCCAGCAUGGAACCCGAGAUCGCUGAGCUGUCCCUGUUUGCUGUCCACCGCUCCUCCCUGGAGAACCCAGAGCAUGACGAGACUGGCGCCCUAGUGCUGCCCCGGGUUCUGGACAAGCUCACGCUGUGCAUGUGCCCAACGCGCCCCUUUACUGCCAAGGCCAGUGAGAUCACCGGUCUGAGUUGCGAGGGAUUGAUGCAGUGCCGGAAGGCUGGCUUCGACGAUGCCGUGGUGCGGACUCUGGAGGCCUUCCUGAGCCGCCAGGCGGGCCCCAUCUGCCUUGUGGCCCACAACGGCUUCGAUUAUGACUUCCCCCUGCUGUGCGCGGAGCUGCUUCGCCUGGGUGCCCACCUGCCCCGGGACACCAUCUGCCUGGACACGCUGCCAGCACUGCGGGGCCUGGACCGGGCCCACAGCCACGGCACCCGGGCCCAGGGCCGCCAGGGCUAUAGCCUGGGCAGCCUCUUCCACCGCUACUUCCAGGCCGAGCCGAGUGCAGCCCACUCGGCUGAGGGCGAUGUGCACACGCUGCUCCUGGUUUUCCUGCACCGCUCAGCUGAGCUGCUGGCCUGGGCAGAUGAGCAGGCACACAGCUGGGCGCAUAUCAAGCCCAUGUACUUGCCAGGGGAUGCCCCAGGCCUGGAGGCCUGAGCUCUGGGGGCACUCCUCACACCAUGGGCAGCACCAGCCUCAACCAUCUAGUGUGCUCGAGGCCCGGAGCUGGCACGGCCAAAGCCUUGCUUCCACCUCCAGCUCCUCUGAGCUGGGCCACCCCUGGCCCAGGCACCUGCCAGGCCUUAUAGGCCCUGGCCCGAGCGGCCCCACCCCAGGCCCUGCUUCUGGG